AUGUCGUCCGGAUCGACCAGUUCCGGUGACUUGGGCGCCAGACGGCCUGCGAGUCUGGCGGCUUGGAAUGGCACGACUGUCCUCGACAGCGCCAAUCUACCGGACGCUGCGAUGCCAAGCAACCACAGACGCACUUGCAUUGUGGGCUUCCUCAUCGCUCUUCUCCUCCUCAAUCUGGUCUUGUACCAGCUGAACUUGCGCAUCAAGACGGCCACGAGGCGAGACGGCUUGGCCGGUGUCCUCACGUCGUCGGGUUCGAGUCCGGUCGCGGCCGAGACCGCCGGCCACAGCCAUCGGCUGUCCGAGGAGCCGUCGGGCCGCGACGACGCCGGGCCGCGUGACGCCGGCGAGGUGCGCUUUCUCAAGCCGCAUCGGAUCACGCGAAUGCCCAAACUGGUGCGCAUGGAGAUGCUGUUGCGCUACCUGGCAACCAACGUGUCCACGGCCAAGACGGACGAGGAGAGGUCGGUGUUGCUACGCGGUCUGAUGUCGGCCUCUCGCCUCGGCAACGGGAUGCAACAGUCGUGCAACUAUUUGUGCCAGACGCAUCACAGCUUCCUCUUGCAGACGGCCAGCCAGUACCGGCCCGAGAAACGCUUGGGUCGACUCAGUCUGCCCGACCGGAUGGUGACGCAUGCCGACGUGCUGUACCAACAUUUCGCCUCCUAUCAGGCCGGCGGUGGCUGGGCGCCGGCUCACUCGACCUGUCUCCGACUCAGGCCCGGCGGCGUGGCCAUCGUCUUUCCCUUCCGCAACCGAUGGCCGCAACUGCUCACCUGCCUCUUCGUGUUGCUGCGCGUGUUGCGUCGGCAACGGCUGUGCUAUCGCAUCUUCGUGGCCGAACAGGUCGGCGUGUCCGGCUUCAACAAGGGCAAGCUGAACAACGCCGGCUUUCUGGAGGCGAGCAAGCUGUUCCGCUUCGACUGUAUCAUCUUUCACGACACCGACCUGGUGCCGGAGCAUGACGGCAUCUGGUACGGCUGCAACGAUCUGGGCACACGCACGGCCAUCCACAUGGCCUGGAGCGUGAGCACAUUCAACUACAUCUUGCCCUACUCUAGUCUGAUUGGUGGAGUGUUGAAGAUCCGUCGAGAGCAUUACAUCGAGGCGAACGGCUACUCCAACGUCUUUUGGCGUUGGGGCGGCGAAGAUGACGAAUUGGAGAUGCGCAUCAACGGCCACUACCGUCGCUUGUUGUUGCGACAUUUGCGCUAUUUCGCUUUGGGCCACAAGAGUGCCCACGACAAGCACAUACGCACGUGGCGCUGUCCAGUCUUCUUUCAUACAAUCAAGACGCGCUACAAGACUGACGGUCUCAACACGGCCAAUUAUACACUCGUGCAAACGAUCGAAGAGGGCUUGUUCACUCGCUUCCUCAUUGAUGUUGGCACCAAACCACCAGAGCUAUAG